CAGACCUGGGUCGGUCAUAAUAAACUAUUAAAAUGUAAACGGAUUUAUUUUAUUUAACAAAGGAACAAAUAUCCUAUCUGGCGCCCAAACGAAGGGCUAGUGCAACUACAGUAAAUCACGAGAAGACGAAGUGACGUUUAGAAAAUAACCACAUCAACAAUCAACUGAGAGCAGAAGGAGAAUAGCUAAUUAAAUAUUGCAGACCGGAAAUUGCAGCUACCAGAAAAAACGAAAAACCAUGAGAUUAAUCGCACAACAACAAAAUGCUAUCACUACAAAAUAACGCUGUAGCAGUUUGUGGUAAAGAUAUAUAUUCCUUAGACGACUGUGCAGGACCAGCUAUGAAAUUUUGCAGAAAAUCGAACAUCUCUACUUGCGCUCAACAAUUAAUAGCCAGCACCACAGCAAAUUGCAGAACCACAUUUGGCGAACUAGAUCCUGUGCAAGAGGUUGAUGACGACAUGGUCAUUAUAAACGAUCGCACCGCCACAGUAAUAUCUAAUAAUGAAACUAUAUCGCUGAAAAGGGGUACUUACCUGGUGACGUUUUCAGACAAGGCCAGCGUGAAUGAAACAACCUUUGUCAAUCGAAAUGCCCUUCAGAUAAAGGUAGCAGAGAUCCCGUGGGCCACUCAGAUAAACAUAACUGGACCCGAUGACAAAAUGAGCCUACCUUACUUGCGACAUCGGGCACUAGAAAACCGCCAGCUGAUGGAGCAACUAAAUGAUGGUUAUAAGACAGGAUUGACAGCAACAUCAAUAAUCCUUAUCAUACUGGCCAUCAUCGGCGUGCUGCUUCUCAUGAUUACUUUCUUUAGAAAGCAAAAUAAACAAGCUGCAAUAGUAAGAGUAGUAGAAAACAUCACGCAAGCGUCAACUAGAAGGUCCGAGGACGUCCCUCGCUUAGGAGGGAAAGAGUUAUCACGGGAAGCACAGUCAGGUUUGCCAUUACCUAAAAUUGUUGCGCGUGGCCUGACUCAGCAGGAUCGGCACAACAAGUAGCGCAGACAGUCGAAAGAAUGCAAGCAAGUUUAAAGUUACAUUCAAAAGUUGCCAGUGCCCUUAGUCAGCGCUUCU